GAGGUGCUCUGGUUCUUAUUUCCGGUGGCGGAGAGGUGCCGUUGCCAUGGCAAUUAAAGUAGAGGCCGAGGUCUGUUGAGCUGCAGUGAGAGGAUCGCGGAAUCCGUGGAGAGAAUUGCCUGCGCUUCCUCGUUUGUGAGCUGGAGUUAGAAUGGCCAUCAGUCCAGGAAGAGAUGCAGCUUUCUCCUGUCAGAAGUCAGCACUUUCAGAGAGUCUGCGAACAAAGAAAUUUCCACUAACUGAAGAAGAAAUAUUUUAUAUGAAUUGUAGAGCUGCCUACUUAACUGUUUUUAAAAGCAGCUUAGAAAACAUUAUUUCUAAAGAACAACUUUACUUGGCUCUACAGCAUGCAGGAAGAAAUCCAUCCCAAAAGACCAUUAAUAAGUAUUGGACUCCUCAAACUGCCAAACUGAAUUUUGAUGAUUUUUGUAUAAUUUUAAGGAAGGAAAAACCUACUUCAAAAGCAGAACUACUAAAAUCAUUUAAGCAAUUAGAUGUAAAUGAUGAUGGCUGUAUUUUGCACGCUGAUCUUUAUAAACUUCUAACAAAGAGAGGGGAGAAGAUGACUCGAGAAGAAGUACAUGCUGUAACAAGUUUGGCAGAUGUAAAUGCUGAUGGCAAAUUUGAUUACAUCAAGUUUUGUAAAUUAUAUGUGACAACCAAUGAGCAAUGUCUCAAAACUACUGUAGAAAAACUGGAAGUUGACAGUAAACUGAGACGUCAACAGUUUGGAAACCACAUUGAAGAACCUCCUGAAAGGGACCCAUCAUCAGUACCAAAACCAUCGCCUAGAAUCAUAAGAAAAACUGAGCAGGAAACAUUCUCAAAUAAAGGUGAUACCAGGAGUUCUUCACUGGCAACAAUUAGAAAGUUCAAAACAUCUAUUUCCUUCACAAUUACCAUGGGUGCUAAUAGUAACAGAAACUCAAAGUUAACCGAGCCAAAUUCAAUAAAGGAGUGGCAAUGUGUGCAGUCAAAAGGUUGCUUUUUUUUAGAAGAAGAUGGUGAAAUCAUUAGUCAUCAAUAUAGGAUGCAGAUAGCUCAGAGAUCCAUGGUUUAUCUUACAAUUAAACCACUAAACCUGAGUCAAGUUGAAGGAAAACCAUCCCCUUGGUUAUCAAUUGAUACUGCCUUGUAUAUUCUUAAGGAAAAUGAGAGCCAAGCAAAUCUACAACUCAUGUGUUUUACUGAACUACGAAAUAGAGAAGUGUUUGGGUGGACUGGUGAACUAGGACCUGGAAUUUACUGGUUAAUUCCUUCUACAACUGGCUGUAGGCUGAGGAAAGAAAUAAAACCAGUAACUGAAGAAGCCCAACUUGUAUAUAGAGAUGAAACAGGGGAAUUAUUUCUUACAAAGGAAUUUAGGUUAACUUUAUCAGAUAUAUUUGAAAUAAUUGAUUUGGAUGGAAAUGGUCUUCUUAGCCUUGAAGAAUAUAAUUUUUUUGAAUUGAGAACAAGCGGUGAGAAAUGUGAUGAAGAUGCUUGGGCUGUCUGCCGAGACAAUUUUGAUACAAAGAAGAAUGAACUAACAAGACAGGGCUUUAUGGAUCUCAAUCUAAUGGAAGCCAAUGAUCGAGAAGGAGAUCCUCGUGACCUUUGGGUAACUCUACACUCAAUGGGCUACAAUAAAGCUCUGGAACUGACAGAGGCAUGCCCAUUUGUCAUUGAUAUCUAUGCAGACAAAUGCAAGCCAAGAAUUAAACCUGUCCAUAUGGAGGCAUGCAGUGGGCAACUCGAGAAGGCCAUUUGUAAAUCUGUCCUUAACAAAGGCGAUGCGAGAGUAAUGGAUGGUUAUGAAAAUAUAAUUGUACAUACUUAUAAGCGUGACACCUGGAUAACAUCAGUUAUUGAAAACAAGUCAGAUAAUAAAGUGAUUAUUCACAUCAACAACGAACUAAGUAAAAACUGCGUAAACAACAGAGGACUCAACAUAUUUGCAGUAGAAGUGGCGCCAAAGUCUACAAUGGUUUGUCAACAUGUAAUGCCUGUGAAUGAACGACAAGAAUGGAUAUAUUAUUGUGUGUAUUCCCUUAUAUCUUAAAUAUUGCUUUCUAUUAGAGACUGUCAGGCUAAGAAUUAUUUCAGGUUUAGUCUUUAUUUGUUGAUCAACUAAAUGCUGAUCAAUUUAACUGAUGUAUAUAAACAAUAAUCUAUUUAAUUUGUAUGUAUUUAUAUUUUAUGCCCAUGUUAUAUACUUUAUUAUUAAAAUAUAAAUAAAUAUAAAAUAUAAAUAAUAAUGUUUUUAAUAUGGGGCUUUCUUAUCAAUUUAAUGGGAAAUCUGGGCACAUUUCACUUACCAAUAGUCAAUCAAAGUAAAAUUAUAGGUAAGCUUUUAAAAAGUAAUAGUCAGUGAAUUCUACAAAAUCCUGUAUACUUUUGGUUUAAUCUCACUCAUCAAAACAAACAAACAAACAAACAAAAACCCUCAAAGAAAAUGUUAAUGGGCCAACUGCAGCUAGUGCCCUUGACUCUCACCCUGGAUCCUCACUGUUCUGUCCCAGAAGCCUGACAGGUCACAGACUCCUGUCCAUGCCACUGUGAUCACAGGCAUGUGGCUGUGGGAGGACCAGGGGGUGGCCUUGGCCCCUUCUCUUUCCUCCUUCUGCUGCUGCUGCUAGUGACACACAGCCCCUUCAAAACCUGCCUCUCCACCAGCAGCCUCUACCUCCUGUUGCACCUUUCAGCUUUGAGCUGAUACUGCCUCCUCCAAACCUCUGUGGGCCUGUAGGUAUUCAGACCCCGGAAGCUGUUCCACCAUCACCCAUACUCGCGGUCAUUCAGCAGGCAGGUAAGAUCAGAGGAACAGGCCUGGGAUUGGAUGUUGAAUUUACCUCUGAGGGGACUCUUGUCUUAAUGCACUGUAGCACAAUAGAUAUGACAACUGAUAGUAGUGGCUGAUGAGUUAUUUCACAUUUGAACAAAUGAGAAAGCUUAAUUCUGUAGCAAAUCACAGAUUCAGGAACGAUUUCCCUGAAGACAGGAUCUCUAACCUGAACCGUAAACUGAUAACCCUCUUAGAUGUCAAAGGUCGUGCACAUAUACUACUGGUGCCCUAAAUAACGCAGUUUCUUCAGCUAUACAAUCUGUUUUUGUAUCAUCUUGCCAAAAGUUAUUUGUAAGAUGAGACAGAUCAGAAUGUAGUAUUAAUGGCAUUAACUCAGAGAACUUGGAGCCUUAGCCAUCUAGGAGAUGGGAAACCACACUAAGAUAUUUGUGUUUCAGUCCAUGUUUGUGGUAAUAGACAUUUUGCUGGAUUAGGGCAUGCAUAAUAUCUUGUGAUAUCUGUAUGGAAUUUAAGCUUUCCUCAUACAAAAGGAUAUUGUAUUCCUGGACUCCUUAAAGAAGUGGUGGCUGAAGUCAUUCAGGUUGUUGCUGAGGAAGGUUUUUCCCUUCUUACAUUUGUUACCGAACAAAGGGAGGAAAAUUUUUCCCCUCUUCCUUUUGUUCCUAAACCCAAACUUAUCCCCACACCCUAUGCACAGUAAGCCAAUAUCUGAGACACCAGUUUUUAAGUAAAGAAAGCUUUAUUAUCAGAAGAGCAGCCCAACAAAAAGGCUGGGGAUCAUCCGCAAAGCUGCCUUGCUCUCUUGAGCAUAGGGACAGCUUAUAUAUAUUUGGGAAAGGAAGUGAAUAUAUGAGAGGAGUGUGAGGAGUUUCUUGAAAUCACGAAGUGAGGGGCCUCGAAACCAUCUGGAGGUGUGCAUUCUUCCAGACAAUGAGGUGUCGUUUGAGACCUGGUACAAUCAGAUACAUCAUAUAAUUUCAAGACAAAUGUUACUGUCCAGUCCCUAUUAGGUUUUUACAGUCAGUGGGUAAACAGGGAGUAGGGCAGAAAAGGCAAAGUUAAUGACUGAUUGUUCAUGAGGUUAAAGGAUGCAUAAAACAUAAGUAGGGAUCAAAACAGAAUGUGGAGCUAAGUUAAUAAUACAACAAAUACAACUAUAGUCCUGCUUCUGCUUUCAAAACAGGUCCAGGAAUCAAGUGUCAGCCUUGCUUUCUAGAUUCAUUGGCUGUUCUAAUAAUUAAAUAGACAUAAGGCAGAUUAACAGGAGUAAAAGAAGUUUAAUUGUGUGCAUAUGGGAGCCCCACAAAGACAUGAGACUCAUAGACAGUCAGCCAGUUGAGGCUUAUAUACCAUCCUGAGCAAAGGAGAGAGGAUAGGAGUCUGGGCUUCAAAGGGGAGGAAGACGAUUCACAGGAAGAUGAGAAGAGUGAAUGUCUGGUAAACAAACAUCUGCCACACUGUGCAGAUAAGUCUUUCUGAUUUAAAAAAUUAUCUCUAGUAAUAACUUUCUUCCUGGUACAGGCCGACUAUCUAAAUUCUUUUAGGCAGUUAAGGGAGAGGUAAUAAGCUUUUCCCAAGUCAGUUGGCUCUUAAUUGCUUUCAACUCAAAACAACCCACAUGUUAAAGUGGCACAUUUUGGGGUGGCAUAUUCUGCUACCCCUCAAUACCUUUGAUAAAGAUGUUGCUAUGAGUCCCAUCUUGGUUCCAGCUGUAUGUCACUGAUGCAUGUUGGAAGACUACAAAUCUCUAGUUCUAAACUUUUCCCCUGGGAAGGAACUGAGUGUAUAUAGAAACUGCCUGCUGACCUUAUGCGGGGAUAUGAAAAUAGUCUGUGCUAACCCAAAACUUGGGGCAUCAGGUGGCUCGCACAAGCGAUAGUCAAUAAUUGCAUUUUUUAUUUGACCCAAAGCAAAACCCAGUGUUGCCACCAUGUUCCAUGGAAUACCUGAGUUCUACACUGUUGCUCUUGAUAAUCUGAGUCUACAAAAAGACACACAUCUUCUGUCUCUGACCUCACUGAGGCAUAUAUUCCCAGUGAAGAUAGGCAAAGAUUGAGUUGUGCAGUUGGUGGUUCAGAUGCAAAUGCGCAAGAAAUGCAUGAUCACUCAGAGUUGACAUUUUAAAACUUGCCACAAUUAUGUAAUUUACUUAACAUUGUAUUCAGUUAUGUUAUCAAUGUACUGUAGAUGUCAAACUUGUGACCAUACUAAUGCAAUCUUAAAAGGAAAAAAAAAAAAAGAAAAUGCAAAUGCAGAAAUAGUCAUUUAAUCAUACAUUUAGUUUUCCAAUCAGAAAAUAUCGUUAAAGCAAGGGCACCUGGGUGGCUCAGUCGGUUGGGCGUCCGACUUCAGCCCAGGUCAUGAUCUCGCGGUUUGUGAGUUCGAGCCCCGCUUCAGGCUCUGUGCUGACAGUUCAGAACUUAGAGCCUGCUUCAGAUUCUGUCUCCCUUUCUCUCUGCCCCUCCGCUGCUUGCACUCUGUCUCUCAAAAACAAACAUUAAAAAAAGAAAGAAAAUAUAGUCAAAGCAAAAUUUGGAGAAAUUCAUUUUCUAUAUUAAAGAAGCCAAAAUCUAGGGGCACCUGGGUGGUUCAGUUGGUUGAGCGUCUGACUUCAGCUCAGGUCAUGAUCUCGCGGUCCGUGAGUUCCAGCCCCGCGUCGGGCUCUGUGCUGACAGCUCAGAGCCUGGAGCCUGCUUCAGAUUCUGUGUCUCCCUCUCUCUCUGACCCUCCCCCAUUCAUGCUCUGUUUCUCUCUGUCUCAAAAAUAAAUAAACAUUAAAAAAAAAUUAAAAAAAAAAA